CUUAUUCCAUUUUUUUAUAACAUGAAUGAAAAUAACCUUGAGCUUUGAUCUAAAACGAGCAAUUCCUGSUUAUUCAUAGCGUCAUGCCUAAGGGGUUGCAAAGCUCUAACUUAUGGCCUAGGGAUUUUGUUUUGUCCUKACGAAAUCGAGCGUGCAACCAAGCGGCGUGGUUGAUGCGUUAUAAAACGGGACAUCCAACGCUGAAGCCUUCACAUUCACUURAAGUUUCAGGAGAAAGAAAGGUAAAUCUAGCGGAAUUAUAAAAAGGUUACUUACAUYCAUCAUGUACGGAGUUCUUUCUUUGGGUGUUCUCUUGGUGUUUCUAACAGGCAGUAUUUUCGCUAUGAGUAUCGUGAACGAUGAUCUGAACAAGCGAGAAGAAUGCAAAGACUUAAAAAKCACAUGGGCAUGUGAAUCAUGGAAGAACGAUUGCACCAGUGGUCCUUGGAUGAACUGGAUGGCAGAUAACUGCAAAAAGACGUGUAACAAAUGCCCCACUGUCCAGGUUACUCCCAAGCCAGUCAAGCCGCCAUCAGUCAAAGGCCAAUGUGAAAAAGAAGACAAAUUCGGUUGCGAACAAUGGGAAAAACAAGGAUUAUGCAAAGAACAAAUGUAUCGUCAAUUCAUGAAUAGUAACUGUCCUGCUGCAUGUGGUCUGUGCCAAGCAAUUGAGCAAAAAGCAGAACCAGUGCCUGUUGACAUGCAGGAAUGCCUACAGGCCCACAAUUCCUAUCGUGCUGAACAUGGUGCACUUCCACUAGCAUGGGACUCAAAAUUGGCAAAGGAAGCUCAAGAUUACGCCAUGGUCUUAGCUAAAGUYCAUAAAAAACUGAAGCACGCUCAAGGCAUCUCUGAUGGCGAGAACUUGGCGUACCAGGGUGGGSCUAAACUCACGUGUAAGGAAGCCACAAAGCGUUGGUAUGACGAGGUGUCUAUGUACAACUAUGAUAACCCAGGAUUUUCUMUGUCUACCGGGCACUUCACUCAGGUUGUAUGGAAGGCUACCAAGCGUCUUGGUGUUGGUAUUGCUCGAUAUGGACACAAGUAUUAUGUUGUAGCUCGUUACUCUCCUUCAGGGAAUUWUAGAGGAAUGUUUCGUCAAAAUGUUGCACCAAAAGUAUAAGAUAUUAUGGAUAUCAGCUUGUGUGGUUUUUGUGGCUUGUGGUUCAWAAUGAGGCUCUAGUAACUAUGCCACUUUUUGUGUGAAGUGCGUGUAAAGGCUGAUUUACAUGGUACGAUUUGUCGCGCGCGACUUGUAGUAUACGAUUUUCCUACUACAAGUCGUAGGAUUUUAAGCAGUGGUUCAAUAUCCUACUACAAGUCGUAGGCUGCGUACGACUGUUGUAGACAAGUCGUAGGGGCAUUUACACUGCGCGAUUCAAGUCGUAUACUACAAAUCGCACGAGACAAUCGUGCCGUGUAAAACAGCCUUAAGUUGUUAAUUGGAAUAUCUUUGUGAUUUCUGACUACUUUUUAAUGUGAUUACUCUCUUUGGACUUCUGAACCUUUUACGUCACUACUUCAUUUGCAAUGCAUUGUGGGAUCAGUUUCAAGAGAAAACAAAAGAUAUUCCGCUGUUUUGUCCCAAACAUAUCCUACAAUGCAUUUCCUAUAUGGUACAUGACGUAAAUUAUGCUUCAAAGGUCUAUUUUGGCAAUCUUUAUCGAUGGCAUUGUAGUAAGUUUAUGCCAAUUUCAUGUGUAAAUCUGAUUUUAAUAAAUGUCAAUAAACAUUCAUCAAAUCAAACUGUAUUCAUGACA